CGACGGGGAAGAAAAGAAUUGGGUAUAAAAUGUCUGUGUAAUGACUGACUCUUCGUCAUCUCUCUCUCACACUCAGCCAGCAUCUUCAACAACCCACCACCGCUGUCGCGAUCUUACAUUCCUGUUUCAGGUCGGCCGGAUCCGAUCUAAAAUGGGGGUUUUGGAGAAAUUCAAGAUCUGGGGUUUCUUCGUCUGCUUGAUAUGUGCAUCGGGUCAUGGGUUUUAUCUGCCGGGUAGUUACCCUCACAAAUAUGGGAUCGGAGAUUUCUUGAAUGUGAAAGUCAAUUCACUGACUUCCAUUGACACCGAGAUUCCAUUCACUUACUACAGUCUCCCCUUCUGCAAGCCCCAAGAGGGCAUCAAGGACAGUGCUGAAAAUCUCGGCGAGCUCCUCAUGGGGGAUAGGAUUGAGAACUCCCCCUAUAGGUUUCAGAUGUUCACGAAUCAAACCGAGAUUUUUCUCUGUAAGACUAAGCCACUGUCAGGGCAGGAGUUUAAGCUCUUGAAGAAGAGGAUUGAUGAGAUGUACCAGGUGAACUUGAUCCUCGAUAACUUGCCUGCCAUCCGGUACACUGCAAAGGAAGGGUUUUUCUUGAGGUGGACCGGUUACCCGGUCGGAGUUAAGGUUCAAGAAACGUAUUACGUGUUCAACCACUUGAAGUUAACUGUUCUUGUUCACAAGUAUGAGGAGACCAAUGUGGCGCGUGUGAUGGGUACCGGGGACGCGGCUGAGGUGAUCCCCACGGUUGGGAAACAAGGGUCCGAGGCGCCAGGGUACAUGGUUGUCGGGUUUGAGGUUGUCCCUUGUAGUUUCCAACACAACCAGGAAUCGAUGAAGAAUUUGAAGAUGUACGAUAAAUACCCGUCACCUAUCAGGUGUGAUCCAAGUAGAGUAGGCAUGGCCAUCAAAGAGAAUGAGCCGGUGGGCUUUUCGUACGAGGUUAACUUUGUCGAGAGCGACAUCAAGUGGCCGUCGAGGUGGGAUGCAUAUUUGAAAAUGGAGGGUGCAAAGGUGCAUUGGUUCUCCAUCCUCAACUCCCUAAUGGUCAUCACCUUCUUGGCGGGAAUCGUGCUCGUGAUCUUCAUGAGGACCGUGCGGCGGGACCUCACGAGGUACGAGGAGCUCGACAAGGAGGCCCAGGCCCAAAUGAAUGAGGAGUUGUCCGGUUGGAAACUUGUAGUCGCCGAUGUUUUCCGGGCACCGAGGAACCCGUCAUUGCUUUGCGUGAUGGUCGGGGACGGGGUCCAGAUCCUAGGAAUGGGGCUGGUCACAAUUCUCUUUGCAGCCCUUGGGUUCAUGUCUCCAGCCUCGCGUGGGACGCUGAUCACCGGCAUGCUCUUCAUCUACAUGAUUCUUGGUGUUGCCGCCGGGUACGUGGCGGUUCGUCUCUGGAGGACCAUCUUCUGUGGUGACCACAGGGGCUGGAUUUCGGUCGCUUGGAAAGCCGCGUGUUUUUUCCCGGGAAUCUCUCUGCUCAUACUCACGACUCUGAAUUUCUUGCUGCGGGGCAGCCACAGCACCGGAGCCAUCCCCUUCUCCCUAUACCUCAUCCUGAUCUUGCUGUGGUCCUGCAUCGCGGUCCCCCUCACCCUUUUCGGAGGGUACCUGGGAGCAAAGGCGCCCCACAUUGAGUACCCGGUGCGCACAAACCAGAUCCCGCGGGAGAUACCCGCCCAGAAGUACCCUUCGUGGCUGCUGGUCCUUGGGGCAGGUACCCUACCCUUCGGGACACUGUUCAUCGAGCUCUUUUUCAUCAUGUCGAGCCUGUGGAUGGGGAGGGUGUACUACGUGUUUGGGUUCCUCCUGAUCGUGAUGGUCCUUCUGGUGGUGGUGUGCGCUGAGGUGUCGCUCGUCCUGACCUACAUGCACCUGUGCGUGGAGGACUGGCAGUGGUGGUGGAAGUCGUUCUUCGCGUCGGGGUCGGUCGCCAUAUACAUAUUCCUUUACUCCGUUAACUACCUGAUCUUCGACCUGAAGAGCUUGAGCGGGCCCGUCUCGGCCACCCUUUACUUGGGGUACUCCCUUUUCAUGGUUGUGGCGAUCAUGCUCGCGACCGGGACAGUUGGCUUCCUGUCGUCCUUCUGGUUUGUGCAUUACUUGUUCUCUUCUGUGAAGCUGGACUGAGAGAAUCAAUGAAGGAUAUCCCUUUUUUCCCCUCUAUAUAAUAUAGGAGCACGGCAUGAGAGAAAUAUGCAACGACACAAUACAUCAUCAUCAUCAUCAUCAUCAUUGUUGAUGAUGAUGGAUACAUAUACAGUGCUUGAGUAGUAGUGGUUUUUGUUCCCGGGAGAUGUUUGUUGAGAAUAAACGUUUUUAAGUACGUAUGUUUCUUGUCCAAUUAGUUUUUUUUUUCUUUUACGUAGACGCAAGCUUAUUGUGUUUGUUUAAAGGUCACUUUUUCUUUCAUUAGAGAGAAUAUUGGGU